AUGGAUUCUGUGGUAAUGUAUGAAGAUGACAACGAUUGUGGAGAUCAAUGCCACUCUCAAAAUGCCGGUGAUAUAGAUUAUGAAUACAUAGUCGAGCAAGAAACGAUUUAUGAUCUUUACAAUUAUUGUCUUAGUUCUACUUUGAUCGAUACAUUUGAGUAUUUAGUGCCACUCAUCAUAUGCGCAUUGAUCUGUAAUGUGGCUGGUAGGAUAAGUAAAAUACCUCACAAAGUAUUUCAUUGCAUCAUUGCUACAACCGGCAUUUACACGAUAUGGCAUUAUGUGAACGAAUGUUUUUAUUUGUUAUUAAUAUUUAUCUGCUUAUACUACUUAUUCUUGUGUUUGCCAAAAAAACACCGCCAAGGAACCAAAAUUUUCCUUCCAUGUCUUUUAUUAAUUUUAUACUGCGAAAUUUUUAUGAAACCAAAAGACUGGCACAAAGUAAGAGGCGUCAUGAUGAUAGCGAUAAUGAAGGCUAGUAGUAUUGCCAAUGAUAUGACGGAACUGGAGGGACCUGUAAAUUUAUGCGAAUAUAUUGGUUACAUGUUGUGCAGUGUAAAUUUAUUAUUUGGACCUUGGACAUCAUUUGAAAGUUACGUUAAUUUGUAUAAAAAAACUUCAUGGAAUUUGUGGUGGAUAAUCAUUUCGAUUUGCUACCUGAUAGGGGCAUUUUUCUGUCUAUGUAUAUCAAAUUGCUGGAUGAAUUGGAUCUUGAGCAACUCUGCGGGAAAAUGGAUGGUAGCUUUCAGAGAUGCCUUAGCAUUCAGAACAUCCCAUUAUUUUAUUUGUUUUACAGCAUCUUCUAUAAUGUUAGCUGGAGGGUAUCCGCUUUCUCAAACGGUAAUCACAAACCCUCUAAAAAUCGAAAUGCCUCGGUCCCUUGUCCAAGUAGUAACAAAUUGGAACAUUCCAAUGCACAUCUGGUUGAAAACGUACGUAUUCCGUCCCUGCCGAAAACAGUUUGGAUAUUUUUACGGCAUAGUCAUGACAUACGCAGCAAGCUCUCUCCUUCAUGGCUUAAAUUUUCAACUUGCCGCCGUCCUCCUUAGUUUAGCUUUUUACACGUAUACCGAGUAUAAUCUACGAGCUUUGCUAGCCAACGUUUUUAACGCUUGUAUCGGGUCCAAGCCAUGCUCUCUGCACAAAUGCGAGCACCUCAAUACUCCCGUUAACUGCUACUGGGUCACCUUGGUGAACGCCGUGUUUGGUGCUCUAGCCAUAUUCCAUUUGGCUUAUCUAGGCCUCAUGUUUGACACGUCAGAGGCUCAGGAAACGGGUUACAGCUACAGUCAUACCAUCAACAAGUGGUCUCAACUUGGAUUUGCUAGUCAUUGGGUUGCCUUUGCCACUUAUUGUGCUUAUUACCUGAUUAGGUGACAACAAAUUAUUUUCAUGAUUUUUUAU